AUGACGUCCAACAGCACCUCUUCGAUGAAGGGCCUGACGCAGUACAUCGCCGACCUGCGCGCCUGCCGCGUCCGCGAGCUCGAGGAGAAGCGCAUCAACAAGGAAAUGGCCCACAUCCGCCAAAAGUUCAAGGAGGGCUCGCUCGACGGUUACCAGAAGAAAAAGUAUCUCUCCAAGAUUGUCUUUACCUACAUCCUGGGCUACCAGGUCGACAUCGGCCACAUGGAGGCCGUCAACCUCAUCGCCAGCCCGAAGUACUCGGAAAAGCAGAUCGGCUACCUCGCCAUCACGCUCCUGAUGGACGAGAACUCGGACCUGGUCCGCCUCGUCGUCAACUCGAUCCGCAAGGACCUCGACGAGAUCAACGAGGUCAACAACUGCCUCGCGCUCCACGCCAUCGCCAACAUUGGCGGACAGGAGAUGGCCGAGGCCCUCGCCGACGACGUCCACCGCCUCCUCAUCUCGCCCACGUCCAAGAGCUUUGUCAAGAAAAAGGCCGCUCUCACCCUCCUCCGCCUCUACCGCAAGCACCCCGAGGUGAUCCCCGCAGAGGAGUGGGCGUCGAGGAUCAUCGCCAUCAUGGACGACGACAACUUGGGAGUUGCGCUGGCGGUGACCAGCCUGGUCAUGACCAUGGCCCAGGACCACCCGGACGCGUUCCACGCGUCGUACCAGCGCGCCGUCAGCCGGCUGCACAAGAUUGUCGUCGAGGACGAGUACAGCAGCGAGUACGUCUACUACAAGAUCCCCAUCCCCUGGCUCCAGGUCAAGCUGCUGCGGCUUCUCCAGUACUACCCGCCCUCGGACGACCCGACGCUCAUGUCGACGAUCCAGAGCGUGCUCGACACCAUCAUCAACAAGUCGCAGGACACGCCCAAGAACGUGCAGCACAACAACGCCCAGAACGCGGUGCUCUUCGAGGCCAUCAACCUGGCCAUCCAGCUCGACACCGAGUCGCCCAUUGUCGCCAAGGCGUCGGUGCUGCUGGGCCGCUUCAUCCUCUCGCGCGAGACAAACGUCCGCUACCUCGGCCUCGACACCAUGGCCCACCUCGCCGCCUACGCCGACAGCCUCGAGCCCAUCAAGAUGCACCAGAACACCAUCAUCCUCUCGCUCAAGGACAAGGACAUCAGCGUCCGCAGGCGCGGGCUCGAUUUGCUGUACAGCAUGUGCGACGUCACCAACGCCAAAGUCAUCGUCGCCGAGCUGCUCAAGUACAUGCAGGUCGCAGACUACGCGCUUCGCGAGGAAAUGGUGCUCAAGAUUGCCAUCCUCACCGAAAAGUUCGCCACCGAGUACAACUGGUACGUCGACACCAUCCUCCGGCUCCUCAGCUCCGCUGGCGACCACGUCAGCGACGAGGUGUGGUACCGAGUCAUCCAGAUCGUGCUCAACAACGAGGAUGUCCAGGAGUAUGCGGCGCGGCGCGUCCUCGAGCACCUCAAGUCGCCCUCGUGCCAUGAAAACAUGAUCAAGGUCGGAGGCUACAUCCUGGGCGAGUUUGGGCACCUGAUCGCCAACGAGGCGGGCGCCAGCCCGAUUGAGCAGUUCCACACGCUCCACUCGCGCUCGCACCUCUGCUCGCAGCCGACGCGGGCGCUGCUGCUGUCGACGUACAUCAAGUGGCUCAACCUGUUUCCCGAGAUUCGCGAGCAGAUCCUCUACGUGCUCAACCGCUACCGCCACGUGCUCGACGCCGAGCUGCAGCAGCGGGCGUGCGAGUACGUGGCGCUGGCCGAGCUGCCGACCGACGACCUGCUCCAGGCCGUGUGCGACGAGAUGCCGCCGUUCGCGGAAAAGUCGUCGCUGCUACUCAGCCGUCUGCAGAAAAAGCACAGCGACACGGGCGACAAGCGGACCUGGAUCAUCGGGGGCAAGGAGGCCAACCGCGACCGCGACCAGGCGCGGCAGGAGAGCCUCAAGAAGGGCAAGGCCAACGGCGGCGCCAUGCCGACGGGCGGGCCGGCGGCGACCGUGAUCCGCUCCGCGUCGAGGCCGGACCUGAUGGCCGGAGCGGGCGCGGGAGCAGGAGCAGGGGCAGGCUCCGAGUCCCAGGGCGACCUGAUCGGCGACCUCGAGGGGCUGGACCUCAGCAGCGGAGCCACGUCGGGUCUCGCCGGCACCGGCGCCGGCCUCGCGGCGAUCGCGGCAGAUGACGGCAUCUCGCCCGGCCAGCCGCUCAUCGGAGACGAGGCGUCGGCGUCAACCUCGCUGCUGGGGAGACCGUCGCCCUCGCCGUCGCCGUCUCCAUCACCGUCGCCAGCGCCAGCGCCCGCGACACCGACGCUGAGCCCGGGCGCCGACAAGAACUUCCAGCGGCUGUGCUUUACGGGCGAAGGGGUGCUGUACGAGGACGCGCAGCUGCAGAUUGGGCUCAAGAGCGAGUGGCGCGGCCACCAGGGGCGGCUGGCGCUCUUCUUUGGCAACAAGAUCUCGGCCAACUUCAAGUCGUUUACCAUCUCGAUACGGUCGCAGGAGCCCGAGGCGCUGGCCGUGACGCUGCCAAAGAUCCCGACCAACGUGCUCGAGGCCAUGACGCAGGUGCAGCAGGUGGUGCACGUGCAGUGCAAGGACCACUUCACGCUCGCGCCGCUGCUGCACGUCUCGUACCUGGCGGGGUCGCUGCAGGAGCUGCACCUGCGGCUGCCCGUGCUGACGACCAAGUUUAUCGAGCCGGUGCGGCUGUCGUCGGCCGACUUUUUCGAGCGGUGGAAGCAGAUCGGUGGCGCGCCGCGCGAGGCGCAGAAGAUCUUCAGCUUCCGGCUCGGGGCGAGCGGCGACGUCGACGUGCAGCGGCACCGCAAGGUGAUUGCGUCGGCGCGGCUCGAGGUGCUCGAGGGCAUCGACGGCAACCCGGUCAAUGUGGUGGCGGCGGGCGUGCUGCACAUGUCCGAGGCGGGCAAGGUGGGCUGCCUGCUGCGCCUCGAGCCCAACCGCGAGGCCAAGCUGGCCCGGCUGACGGUGCGCACCACAAACGACCUCGUGUCGGCCGAGCUGCUGCGCAUCCUCGUGUCGGCGCUCGGCGUGGACCAGGAGAAGCUGUAG